UGUAAAUAACUUUUUGCAUAACAAUAAUAGCCAACUCGUUUUUAAAUGACUCACGCUAUCAGGCUCUGAAGAAAAGCAACAAUUUGUCUUAUUGGUUUUUCACGACUCAAUUUGCUACCUCACGUGCGUUGCUCAAGGUGUCAAACUAUGGGCGUGGCUUGUGUCGUCGGGGACGUCAAGGAGCCCAAAACCGGGACAUUUAACUCGAAGCAUGCCACACGUCAGCUGAACCCGACCCGAGCGGCACCGACGAGAUGGGCGAUAAAGAGGGCACCAGAGUGUUCAAGAAGAUCAGCCCCAACGGCAAGCUCAGCGUUUAUCUGGGCAAGCGUGUCUAUGUUGACCACUUUGAUCACGUGGAUCCAGUGGAUGGAGUUAUCCUGGUGGAUCCUGAGUAUCUACAAGAUCGCAAAGUCUUCGUGACCCUGACCUGCGUGUUCCGUUACGGUCGGGAGGAGUCUGACGUCUUGGGUUUGCCAUACCGGAAGGAUCUCUACAUCAGCCUUGUCCAAGCCUUCCCUCGUGUCGCCGAACAGAAGCCACUGAGUGUCCUCCAGGAGAAGCUCCUGCGCAAACUGGGCCAGCAUGCGCACCCAUUCUGCUUCAAUGUAAGACUGCUGAGCCGCGUCACGUCGAGCUGCUUUUUGGGGAGGAGCCUAAUGGGCUGCCGUGUUCAGAUCCCCCCAAACCUGCCCUGCUCGGUCACCCUGCAGCCCGCACACGACGAUGUGGGCAAGGCGUGCGGUGUGGACUUUGAAAUCCAGGCCUACUGCGCCAAGUCAGUCAGCGAGAAGAUCCUUCAAAGGAACGCUGUGGAACUGGUCAUCCGAAAGGUGCAGUACGCCCCGGAGAAGAAAGGCCCGCAACCCAGCGCGGAGAGCACUCGAAGCUUCUUGUUGUCCGAGAGGCCGCUCCACCUCGAGGCAUCGUUAGACAAGGAGCUGUACUACCACGGCGAGCCCAUCAACGUGAACGUGCAUGUCUCCAACAACUCCAGCAAGACUGUCAAGAAGGUGAAGAUCGCAGUGCGCCAGUACACUGAAGUCUGGAUUUUCUUUAAGGAUCAGUUUAAGUGUCCCGUAGCCCAGCUGGAGGUCGACGAGCAGGUCUGCGCCAGUUCCACCUUCUGCCAGGUGUACACGCUGACACCCUCCAUGGGGGAUAACCGCCAUAAGCCAGGCCUGGCGAUGGAUGGCGACCUCAGUCUCCACAACACCAACCUGGCCUCCAGCACUAUAAUGAAUGAAGGCUGCAACAAGGAGACGCUGGGCCUCAUGGUGUCCUAUCGCGUCAAAGUCAAACUGGUGGUGUCUCGGGGCGGGGACAUGGCAGUGGAGCUUCCCUUUUUUUUGAUGCAUCCCAAACCCAGCGACCAAAAGCCAGCGGUUCCACAAGCCGGAGCUGCCGCGGGUACCGACCUCGAUAACGACCCUUCCCCUGAAGCCGACGACCUGGUUAUCCAAGACUUUGGCCGCCUGGAUUUAGAGGGGGAUGAGGGUGACCCUCUGUGUUAACUGUUGUCACGGUUACCAUCGGAGCAGGAGUGACUAUCUUUGAUUAUACGCAAAUAUUUU